GAGCUUCAGACAGAAAGACAGCGGGACGGAGAGCAAGAGAGGCGGACUCAACGCUCCGGGCUCUAUUCCUCCAGAUGCUAGCGGACACCGGCAGCGGCCUCGGACCGGACGGACGGACAGCGGGACCGCGACUUACCGGGAACAUGGCGGCGGGAACAACAACCUGAUCGGAGCCGUAGCCUCAAAAAAUCAGAGGAAGGAGGGCUGGAAACGAGGAGCAUCACCUCUGCAGAGGCAAUGAGGUGAGAGCUGAAGGCUGCAUCCUGUUUCAAACUAUCAACACGACCAACGCACCAAGACACACCAUGGCCUACAAGAUACCCGGGGCAGCGAUGGACAGAGUCAGCCUGCUGUGGCGUCUGAGGCGUCGGGCCCGUCGUGGAGCACUCUGCAUAGUCUUCUUCUGCAUCUCCAUGGCUCUGCUCUACGCCAUCUGUGCUGAAAACAGCGUGCCCGUCACCGACGCCAUCUUUGGUGUCCGGGCACGAACCCGGGCUCAGCCUCAUGCACACAAUGUCAUCAAGGUGCUGCGAGGUGGAGCCAAGCCCAUGUACACAGACCCUCAGAAGCUCCCGGGUGUCGUCCCAGGUGACCCUCAUCGUCCAAUCCCUGUCCUCUCCUCUUCAAACCACAGUCACGAAGCCAGGGACUUGCCUACAAAGCGGAAAGAGCACGAGUCCUCCAGGUUUUUCACUCGGUUGCUGCCACGCCCCUUCACGCGAGCACUGGAGACCCUAUUUGGAGGCCGGCGGAAGGGCGAGCUGAGUGGCAGAGGCAGCAACGCUGAGUUCUUCGGGCCUCACGGGCUUUUGGGAGAGGUGUGGAAUGAUGAGAUGUCCAGCAGCAUGCUGGGAAGCAGGCUGAGGAAGGUGGUGCAGAACUACCAGGCGAUGAACAAAUAUGGAGUCAAGCUGUCGGGCCCCGGCGGCAUCUCUAGCACGCCAAAGCUGAGCGGUUCUGAGCUUCUCUGCCAACUGAAGGACAAAGUAGAGGUCACAUCUCUGACCCCUGACCUUCAGCCUUUUUCUUUGCUGCCUUGGGCCACCCAGCUGCCUCCAAAGCAGCUGACCUCUGACCUUGGGCCCUACAAGAGCUGCGCUGUGGUGUCAUCGGCAGGGUCGCUGCGCUACUCUGGACUGGGCAAAGAGAUAGACUCUCAUGACGCUGUGCUGCGCUUCAACGCUGCGCCCACCACCGGAUAUGAGAACGAUGUCGGGUCCAAAACCACCAUUCGCCUCAUCAACUCACAGGUGAUGGCGUCUGAUGACCACCGCUUCCUGUCCAGUUCUCUGUACAGUUCAGGUGUUCUGGUGGCCUGGGACCCCGCCCCCUUCUCUGCUGAUCUCUCACAGUGGUUCAACAAGACUGAUUACCCCAUCUUCACUCAGUACCAGAGAUACAGGAGGCUUCAUCCUCUGCAGCCCUUCUACAUCCUGCAUCCUCGCUUUGAGUGGCAGGUCUGGCAGCGAAUACAAGACAACAUGGCCGAGCCCAUCCAGAAGAACCCGCCCUCCUCCGGCAUGCUCGGCACCGUCCUGAUGAUGUCGCUGUGCGAGGUGGUGCAUGUCUACGAGUUCCUGCCAUCACGGAGGAAGACAGAGCUCUGCCAUUAUUACCAGCGUUUCUAUGAUGCCGCCUGCACGCUGGGUGCCUACCACCCGCUGAUGUACGAGAAGAACCUGGUCAAACGCAUGAACCAGGACUCCAACCACAACAUCUACAUCCAUGGACGCGUCAAGCUGCCCGGCUUCAGCAAGCUGAACUGCUCCCGGACUGCUGGAGGAGACCACUGACUUGAAAAAUCAACACACAAUGGAAAUUAGAACCCUGCAUGAAGAAGAGCAGACGCAUGAAAACCUCAUACUCACUGCCAAAUCAACAGGAGCGCUCUCAUAAAUAUUUCAUGCUGUUAACACACACUGGAGUCCAAUCAGCUCAUACACAUGCCUGCUGUACACACACAAGUAUCCGUCAAGUUUCAAAGUCUAAAUCAUGAUGAUUGGAUGCUUCUUUAAAUCAGUCUCCCUAGCUUUGAUUCACAUGUUGACCUUAAAGGAUAAUUCUGGUGGUUUAUUGUGGCUCUUUGGUUUAUGCUAACUCUCCACCUCCAUUAUAAAGAAUCAGGGAAACAAAGAGGUUGGCAUUAUGGGAUAAAGAAACAAACAAAAAACCCAUUCAGUGAUCUGAAAAUGGUCAGGCUCAAGGACCAAACUGAAAAUGAGUGAAGCAGCAGCCAGUGCUCAAAGAAAAACUUUGAAUGAUGUUCAGGAAGCUCAAAAACUAUUGCUGAAGACCACUUUAACAAAUUACAAGAAAGUCUAACUGCUUGGAAGCAAAAUAUAAAGAAACGAGGAGUGACUCAAGACUUUUGCACAGGACUGUAUAACCUUUUAUUCUGAAAAUCUGGCAUUUACAAAUUCCAUUUAGUUAGAGUAUGCUGCUCAGUUUUCACAAUAAGAGGUGGAAAGAGUAGAGUUAGUGACUCAUGGAGCCUCAGUAGGCACAUUCAUGGUAAAGAGGAUGAAAUAAACCAUCAAAAAUGCCCUCAGGUCUAAAAGCAGAGAGAAACAUAUUCUAACGUCACUACCAGUACAGCUACCUAAUGUCUAACCUUUAGAUGUUUAAUGUGGCAUGGAUUAUUGUUAUUAUUGAGAUUGUUACAGCCCUAUUUUGAGGGUUCAGACACCAUUUCUUCUGUGGGAUACUGAAGAUAAUAGAGCAGAGAGUAGUCAGACGUUUAUUAAAAUAGAUCAUAAAUAUCCUUAAUCAUGAGCUGUUCCAGCUUCGGCUUCUCUGCUUGUUGGAAGAUGUCUUUUUCCCUUCUGAUGAAACGGCUUAUAUUUUUCUUUUGCUUCCAGUCACACGCUGUUCCCGCCUGACCGAAUCCAUCGCCAGCGUCGCACCUCUGGCUCAGGCAGCAGGACACAGCCACCCUCUCAUCACGAAUGUCUGUAUGAUCACAUCCAUGAUGCUUACAUACCUCACCAAACCUGUUUCUUGAAGAAAAUACUGCCUGCAGAUGAGUUUACUUUUAACCUAACCCAAAAAAGCCACUUCAAUCAAACUCCUACAUUUUAUACCCACAUUGUGAAGCGUGUUAUUUUCAGUAAUCUUUUUAUAAUCCUCACAUAGUGUAAAUAUUACAAAAGUCUUACCCAGGAGGACGGUCUUUACUGUGAUUCUGUAAAGUUGAUGAGUUUUAAUUCUACAUUUCUAUGAACAUUUGAUUUUUCAUAUUCAAACACGGUAUUCAGUUUAUCCAAAGAUGCUAAGCUAAACUAAUAACUAGUUUUACAUACUUUACUGAUAUUUUAUCUGCUUUUUAUUUUAUCUGUCUAAACUGACGAUACUUAUGCCUUACAUUAAGAAACCAGAACUCCUUUAAUACCAUUUAAAGUCUGUGAAGGAGCCUUUGGGUAUUGUUAGGAACUUAAUUUUCAAGCUAAACUUGAUCGGUUAGUUAUUAUGCAGAUAGAGCUGCCAGAUUUAGUAAAAAAAAAAAUUAAAAUAAAACUCUCACAGUGACUGAACCAACAAUAUUUCUUUCUUACAUUCAAAAGCACGUUUUGUUAGCGGUAUUAGGACAAAUCAAAAGUGCUAGUGUCACUGACUAAAUUUGGUCGUUCAGUCAGUGUCAGUUUCUUGUAAUGUAGAGCCAAUGUACGACUGUUACACAGUCAUUAGUUACAGUGGUUUUAAAAAAGCAGCUUUUGGUAGCACAAAUCAGAAGUCCUAUAUUGGUGAUCCAGUCCUGGAUUUCCUUACUAUGGACAGGUUUUUGAGGAAAAUUAAAAAGGUUGUGGUAGCUUCUCUAGGCUAUAACAACCAUCAGGUGUUGCAGGAAGAUGUUGUUUUCUAGCUAGAUUUGACUGGUGAUAGGUUUGUGAUUUGAGACCUCUCUCUUUUGUCAACAUGCCGUAAAGUCUGACUUCCAAAUAAGGCUCCAAAUGUCUGAAGCCCCGUUUACACACCGUUUCAAAAUGAAAGCGGUGUCGUUUUGAUGCGUUACAGCCUUCCGUUUACACAAGAACGGAGUGAACCGAGUGGAGUGUUUCAGAAACGCGCCGGUCUGCGUUUCCAUGUAAACAGUUGAAUACGGCCUGUUUUGGAAAUUGGUGACUCGCACAUGCGCACUACGGUUGCGACACCACAGUUGCGACACCACAGUUUUCCGCGGAUGUGCAAAUUCAUGAACAAUACUCACAAUGGCGGAUUCACGAGUGCUUCUUGUGCUUUUCUUGUGUUUUUGCCGUUUUGUAAUUCAGCGUUGUGUGCAGCAGCAAUUCAACCUCAUUGUCAGUCCACACAAAAACUCUCAAAUUGGCCAUUGUGUAAAUAUUGAACAAUUUGCCGUGCUCCCUACUGUGUCCCUCCACGCAUGCGCGUCAUGCGUAAACAAGCUUUGCAAAAAAAAACCCCAAAAAAACAAAAAAAAAACGCCAACUUGUGGCCUGGCAUGGGAACUACAUCAUUUUCACCGUUUCCGUAAACGGAGAUCAUUUCUGAAACGCCACCGUGUAAACGGAAGGCUGAAGUGCAUCAAAAAGACAUUGUUUCCAGUGGAAACGGUGUCGUGUAAACGGAGCCUGAAACAGGCUAAGCUAGUCUGAUUACUGGCUCUAGUUUCACAAAGCAGUUUCCACCCAAAAAAACAACCACUAAGCACAACUAAGCCUAAACUGACAGGACUUCCACUAACAGGCAGCUAGCAGGUAGUGCUAUAAUAGGUUUCCAAUACUGCCAAAAAUGUUAUUUUCCAGUUAAACCUGACUGUUUGUUUGUAAACUAUGGGCAGGCUUCUCAUUUGAGGAAAAAAGCCCCAAAAAAAAGUCUUACGGGUUAUUGUUGUCACCCCAUCAGAGAGGGCAACUUUGUGCAUGUGAUAACUCAAGAACAGUGUGACCUAGGAUCUUCAAAUUCAUACCAUAGAUGCAUCUACUAAAAAUCUCAGUGACCCAGACCUCAAGAUCACAGGUCAAAUUUUCUGAAAAUGUUUUGAACGCGAUAACUUGAGAACAGUAUGACCUAGGAUGUUGAAAUUGAGGCCAAAUAUGCAUCUACUAAACAUCUCGACCAAGUUAGUUCUUAACAUAAUAAUGUCAAUUACAGAACGUGAUUUUACCAUUUCUUAUUCCUGGUUCUUACUUAGCCAUUUGCUUUCACUGAGAAUCAUAUGCACCCCAUUAAGAUCUACUGAGACCUGGUAAUUGUGUGCUGUAAAACUUGUACUUCCAGACAAUUCAUGCCACCUAAAGAUUCUGUUGCCAGGAGGUUGAGGGGUAGCAUUGGCAAACGACAGUAUUUUGUAGCAUUAUCAGAAAUGUUAUUUUCCAGUUAAACCUGACUGUUCUAAACUAUGGGCAAGUUUCUCGUUUGACAGCAUUUUGAAUCAUCAUUUAUCAUUUUUUUUAAUAUGCAGGAUAAUCUGAUAGGCUUCAGUAGAAGUCUCUCAGUAUUUAAAUAGACUAGCUAAUUCAUUUACUUUAUAUAAAGUAGUAUUUUCAAUAAUAAAAAA